GCUUUUUGGUUGAGGUUUGUUUAUGGCUCCUCAGACCGCUAUGUAUUGCUAUCGUGUGGUCGUUACUAAAGUUGGUAUAACUAGAGAAGCAAGAAACUCAUUAAGGUGUGUUUGACCCCAAACUAAUUUUACGCCGGAAUAUCCCUUUAAGUAGUGUCCCAGCAGGCUGAGUGCCCACACGCCCUUCCUUAUUGAUACAGGAGCCCAAACACGUAUUGAGUAUAUGAACAUACUUUUUACAAGGUUAUCAAUUUGGGGUUUAAAACCCUGUUUAUAAUUAAUCAUAGGAAAUUUUCUGAUAAUUUGAGGAACUUCCUCAUUUUCUGAGCUUUAAGGCUUGAAAAAACAAAAACAAGACUUGAAAUAUUUCACUUUAAAUGUCAUGAAUAAAAGAAAGAAUAAAAAUCAUACUUUUGAUUGAACUAUAAAAAGAAAACUUUAAAGAUAUCCUCAUAAUAAUUGCACCACCUGGAUGGCAUUGUUGUAACUGUAAACGUCCAUCCGUGCAAUAAAGUUUUUUUAGUGACGUCAUUUUCCGCAGAGACACCUGAUGUGCCGAGACUUCCGCUGCUUCCCAAUCUGCUCUUGAAUACAUGUUGACGAAAACACAGUUAGACGGUUUUGUAAUUUCAUAAAUAUACAGUCGAAAUGUUGCAAAAGGCCGAGGUACCGUUGCUGUGGGCCUGUCUGCAGGCUGUGCUCGUCGUGGCGUUGGGUUUCACUGAUAUGGAUCCGGGGCCUGGUGUAGGUGUAUCGACGCAGCCUAACGGAGAUCGGUUCAAAAUCGAGGGGAGAGCGAUAGUCCCGGGGAUCAAAACACAAGACUGGGUAUCCGCGGCCAGAGUCCUGGUGGAAGGAGAAGAAUAUGUGGGAUUUUUGAGGUGAGAGACAGCCGCUGAGUUAGCGAGGUUAGCUAGCGUUAGCAUAGCCGGCUAGUUCAGCCGAUCAGUAGCAGCUGCAGUCAGCAGAUGGCAGGUCCGAUCUGUCCGCACUGAUUUACAGCUUAGACUUUUUAAAUACAACCCAUUCCAACUGGGGCGAACACACGGCUGUUUCAACGUUAAAUCCGUGUCAUUGAACCUAAUUGAUAAUGUGAUUAAAGGCCUUGUGGUGUCAAAAGAUCUGUUUCCAAAACAAACCGAGUUAGCAUGGAAACGGACUCACGGUGCACUCAGGUAAACACACCGGCAUCGGUGGGUGCACAAAGGAGUAGCCACCCGAAAGAAUUGAUGAGCAAUAUCAUCACAGUUUACGUCUCUUUGUAAGAAAUGCAAUAAUGGUGUAAUGAAAUUUUACAAAAUCCUUACCAAAUAUCUGCAAUUAAUUGGUGUGUUUUCAUUUCAAGAAAAUACUUGGUGUUUGGUGUGACAGUUCUUAGGAGAGCUUUUUGGCCACACCUUUUAGAUGAUGUUGUAUGCUGCUUCUGUCAAAGAAAAAGCAUAUAUUUAACUCGAAAACAACACACAAAGUUGAUAAUUGAUGUUAGAGGGGUGCUGACAAAGGUAAUUGCCUGUAUUUUUUAUUUCCAAAAGUUUUCUGCUGCACUAUUUCUUCUUGAUAAUAGUCUCUUAAAUUUUAGUGAAGAUAUCACUUAAAACAAUUUAUUUCAGUAAAAGAGGCCAUCAUUUUUAACUUAAACUUUAAACUUAAACUGGGUCAUUCAAGUUAAUACAGGACAAAUACACUAAAAUCACCAGAGCAAUUAAUGAGAUCAAACAGUGCAAGUCUGAGUAAACCCUUUUAAAGUGGCAUACAGGAUUUACUUCAUAAAGUAUUAGACAAAAACUCUCAAAAUAGCAUGGUAACCUGACUCUUCUCCUUAAUGUGAACAAUAAUGACUCUGCCAUAGUUUGCUGAGUGUAUUUCUAAACUGGCUUAACAUUGUCGACUGCUGGCACCUGAAGAUCCUACGAGUUAAUGUAUCUGGAAGUUAAUAAUCACGUUUAUCUGUAACCUGAAUGAACCUCAUUUAAGUGCUAAUUUGAAUAAAGAUAUUUCUUAUGUUUUCUCCAAUUACAGAACUGAUGGAAGCUUUGCUGUGAAUGACGUCCCCUCAGGAUCAUAUGUUGUGGAAAUAAUCAGCCCUAACUAUAGAUUUGAACCAGUACGUGUGGACAUCACAUCCAAAGGCAAAAUGAGGUAAGGUCCCAAAAUGAAGAGAAGACAAAAAAACAAUGCCACUGCUGUGUGUCAUCUUUAGUAUGCUGUUAAUAGCGAAUUUCCCCUCUCUAAGUAACCUCACGUUGUUUCACAGGGCCCGUCUGGUGAACUACAUCAAGACUUCAGAAGUUAUUCGUCAGCCGUAUCCUCUGCAAAUCAGAGCAACAGGCCCCCACAGCUACUUCAUGAAGAGAGAAACCUGGGGCUGGACGGACUUCCUUAUGAACCCAAUGGUAAAAUAGACACAGAUGAUGUUUCCCUGUUGAUGCUAAGGGGGGCAGCUCCCUCUCUUGAAGCCUGUUUGAGCUAGACCCCCUCUUCUUGCUGGGUUGACCAUUUUUUAAAAGGAGAAGGAAAAGAGGAGAGUCUGCCAGGGCAACAGUUCUGUUGAUGCUCAAGCUCAGCCCUUUCUGGGUUAAGCAGUACGCUCUACCUCCUCCCACACCGUUUUUUUUUUUCACAAAGGAAGAGUGGAGAGUUGGUAGGGAGAUGCCAGUAAAAGAAUGGGUAGGCAGAGCUAAGGUCAGAGGCUGUACCUCCUCCUUACUUCUUCAAUUUCAUUACGAAGAAGAGAUGGGUGGAAGAAACAAACAGAAGAGAGACAGACUGCUUCCCCCCUGUGCCCCCAUUUCUUAUGUGAUCAGAGACGUGGAUCUGUAGAGAAAUGUCAGAGAGAGAGGCAGGAAAAUCUGUAAGAGCUCACCUCAUCAGGUCAGGCUGUAAAAUUUGAGUGGAUUUUGAAGUGUUUUGUUCAAAUCAGUGAUGUGUGUUCCUCCUGCAGGUUAUGAUGAUGGUUUUGCCCCUGCUCAUCAUUGUUUUGCUGCCUAAGGUGGUCAACACCAACGACCCAGAGAUGAGAAAGGUAAAGAAUUCGCCCAUAGUCCUGUUUCUUUCUGUUGGAUGGUGCAUGUUUGUAGUGUCAGUUAUAGUCUUUCUUUGUGCCCCAGUUUAAGGUGAAAGCAUUAUAGUGAAAACUGUGAUUGAAAAUAUCUUCAUCAUAGGCUGUCCUGGAUCUCUGCAGCGUUGUUAUGCCUUUCCACUCUUUUUCCAGGAAAUGGAGCAGUCCAUGAACAUGCUGAACCCCAACCCCGAGCUUCCAGAUGUUUCCGAGCUCAUGACCAAACUCUUCUCCGGCUCUAAGGGCUCCAGUAAGGCAGGUAGCAGCAGCAAAGGCACCAGGCCAGCUGCGAAAAGGAGGUAGUACCGUCUCUACGUCUCCUCAGUCUGCCUGAAGAAGCUCGAGUUAUGCCAUGGAAGCAAGAUUUUUAAGUGUCAUUUUUUUCUCCUUUGGGUUUGUUGUACAGUUUCUUUAAUAGAUGGUUUCUUGUAUGCUGGUGGAAACUAAAAAGAGAGAUGUUUUUCAUACUGCACUGAUAAGAACUCCUUAAACCCUACAAAAGCUGUUCUCCCCUUUUUGUCCUGUAUUUUCUUUGUGUGGCUUUACUCCUCAUCAAUCCUCUCUGUGCUAACCCCCAGUGUGCGUUUUUCCACUGCUGCUAAUUCCACAACCUGAAAGAGGACAUAUAUUCAGAGAUUUUCUUGGUUCUUUUGGAUAUCAGUGAUAUGACUGUGAAUAAAAAUGAAUCGAAUUUUAAGACUGAUAAAAUCUUAUUUAAAAAAGAGAGCCUAGAUAAAUAAAAUUCUGUGGUAUAUAACAACAGUGUUUUUAUUUCAGAUCCUUUUUAUGUUUGAGAGUGAACACAUGGCCUUGUCAUUGUAUGGUUGAAUGUGUGGCGCUGAUUAACACACUGUACAUUAUGUGCCUGAGGUGUAUAAAUUAACAUGGUAAUCAUGGGCAGUUUGAAGGAUGAAAGAGGUGUAUGGUUUCUUUCAAGGUCACUAGAGUGUAACUGACUUAAUUUUAAUAAAGCGGACAGACAAGUCCAUUUAACGUCUUAAA